UUUUAUGCCUUUUCACAGUGCUUUACCAUUAUUUCGAAGGGUAUUUAGUAGGAGCAGAGGUCUUCAUAGAAGAAAAAUGACCUGCAUACGUAAGAGUGAUCAUAUGGUAGUAUCUGAUCAAAGAUGUGACCAUUUGCCACUUCCAUUGUUUGUGACUGAAAGGUGCAAUACAGACUGUGAACUAAGGUGGCAUAUCAUUGGCAAAAGUGAAUGUUCAUCACAUUGUGGUCAAGGAUAUAGGACCUUGGAUAUCCACUGUAUGAAGUAUUCCAUUCAUAAAGGACACACUGUUCCAGUAGACGACCACUACUGUGGUGACCAACUUAAACCUACUACCCGAGAACCAUGUCAUGGUGACUGUGUCUUAACAAGAUGGCAUUAUUCAGAGUGGUCCCAGUGUUCAAAGAGUUGUGGAGGAGGGGAAAAGUCUCGAGAAUCAUAUUGUAUAAAUAACUUUGGCCACCGUGUUGCUGACAGAGAAUGCCAAGAGCUUUCCCAAGUGACGAUAGAGAUCUGCAAUGAAUUUUCCUGUCCCACUUGGGCUACUAGUGAGUGGAGUGAGUGUCUUGUUACAUGUGGACAAGGGACAAAACAGCGGCAGGUAUGGUGUCAGCUGAAUGAAGACCACUUAAGUGAUGGCUUCUGUAGUCCAAUGACCAAACCUGAAUCUCUGAGACCAUGUGAGCUUCAUGCAUGUGCUUCCUGGCAAGUAGGACCAUGGGGUUCUUGCACAGCCACAUGUGGACACGGGUAUCAGAUAAGAGCAGUUAAGUGUGUCAGUGAGCUAUUUAGCACAGUGUUAGAUGAUGAGGAACAGUGCCACGGAGCCAGUCGCCCGAGUGACAAGCAGGACUGUAUAGUUACACCUUGCCCAUUUAUCCCUAAAAUUGGGGUCACUUCAUUACCGGCUCUUCCCAUAGGAAAGAUAGCACAAUGGAGACAUGGUUCUUGGACCCCAUGUUCCGUGUCUUGUGGAAGAGGUAAUCAAGCCCGCUAUGUAAGCUGUCGUGACGCUCAUGAUGGAAUAGCAGAUGAAUCAUAUUGUGCCCACUUACCUCGACCUGCUGAAAUAUCUGUCUGUUUUAGCCCUUGUGGGGAGUGGCAAACAGGGAAUUGGUCACCUUGUUCAGCUUCCUGUGGCCACGGACAGGCAACUCGACAAGUUUUAUGCAUCAAUAACCAUCAGACAAUUGAUGAGAGUUACUGUGACCCUGAAGUUCGCCCUCUGAUAGAACAAGAAUGUCACCUGGCAGCCUGCCUGCCCACAUACAGUCACUUUCCGAGUUCCUCUGAGCAGCCAAGCCAUUUUCCAGGCAGGAAUUUUCCAUUAACUCACAAACCCGAAGAUAAGCAAAAUCCGGAGGUCCAUCCGUUUGUCAGAGAAAGCCAGUGGAGAACAGGACCGUGGGGAUCAUGUUCCAGCAGUUGUGGCGGAGGUCUUCAGCGUAGGGUCGUGGUCUGCCAGGAUGAAAAUGGACAGAGUGCCAGUUACUGCGAUGCAGCCUCCAAGCCCCCAGAGUCAAAGCACUGUGAUCCAGGGCCCUGUCCUCGGUGGAGCUACGGGAGCUGGGGAGAAUGUACACAAACAUGUGGAGGAGGAAUAAAAUCAAGAUUUGUAAUAUGUCAGUUUCCCAAUGGCCAAGUGUCACAGGAGCACAACUGUGAAAUCUUAAACAAGCCGCCUAGUGUGGUACAAUGUCAUGUGCAAGCUUGCCCUGAUGACGUAUCAUGGCAUCGGGGAUCAUGGAAAUCGGAGAAUCGUAAAGUAAAAUUGGUGCUUCAGAGAACCAUCACUUUGUGGGAACUAAAGAAACACAUAUUUUGCCACAGAAAGCAUUCACAUAUUUAUUUAAUAAAUGUUACUGACCAUCUACUGUAUCCCAGGCACUGUGCUACAGAGAUAAUUAAAACAUAUUUCCUAGCCAUGUGGAAUUUAUACUCCGCUUGCAGAGGCUCUACUUUGCACAUUCUGGUGCAGUGCUCCUUAGCCACUGCAGGUGUGGCUCCAGUGGGCCCAGGUGCAGUGUGGUCUGUGGUGGUCACCCCUUCAGAGUGUACAGGUGGUAAACUUUGGCAGCAUCCAUGUACUGCCAUUUCUGCUGGCAUGAUGAAUGAACAAGCCAUGAUGUGCUCUGUGACCUGUGGCUCUGGAGUUCAGCAAAGGGUUGUAUACUGCAUACUGAGAGGCAUUGGUCGUGUGGCUGAAGAAAUGUGUGAUCAAUCCACCCGGCCUUAUUUUCAGAGGCAAUGUUGGCAUCAGGAUUGCUUGCAGUACCAGUGGAUGGCAGGAAAGUGGUUGGAUUGUUCAACAUCAUGUGAGAAAAAAGAGACACAUCGACUAGUCAAGUGCAUUAAUGCACAGAACAUUCAAGUGAAUGAAAAUUUCUGUGAUCCUUCAACCAGACCUCCUUCAAUAAAAAAAUGCAGAAACUCUCCCUGCAAGUAUAUUGUGGUAACAGGAGACUCAUCACAGUGUGCAUAUAACUGUGGAUUUAGUUACCAACAGAGGAUUACAUAUUGCAUAGGGAUCCGGUCGGCUAAGAAACAUAAGCUCCAUCAGCUUCAGCCUGUAGAAUAUCAAGAAUGCCCUGUGCUACCUUAUUCUCAAGUUUACAAAUGCAAUGUGAAGAGUUGUUUGCACAUGGCCACUUGGAAAGUUGGAAAAUGGAGCAAGUGCUCAGUGACUUGUGGAAUUGGGAUAGUGAAAAGAAGAGUGGAAUGCAUGGCUGAAAAUGGUUUGACCAGUGACUUAUGUUUAAAGGUUUUAAAACCAAGUGCUCAAAAGAAAUGUUAUGCCAAAGACUGUAAAUCAUUUGCCUCCUGCAAAGAAAUCCAAGUGAAAAACAACAUUACCAAGGAUGGUAACUAUUACCUUAACAUUAAGGGAAGAAUAAUAAAGAUCCAUUGUGUAGACAUGCACUUGGAGAACCCCAAGGAAUAUUUGCCACUGGUCAAAGGUGAAGAGGACAACUUUUCUGAAGUGUAUGGCCUUAGACUGCAAAAUCCAAAUGACUGUCCUUUUAAUGGAAGUAGGAGGCAAGACUGUGAAUGUAAAAAUGACUACCUAGCUGCUGGAUAUACUGUUUUCAGCAAAAUAAGAAUUGAUCUCACUGCCAUGCAAAUUAAGACUACUGACCUUCUUUUUUCCCAAACAAAAUUUGGAAGAGGAGUUCCAUUUGCCACAGCUGGAGAUUGUUAUAGUGCUGCCAGAUGCCCACAGGGACAGUUCAGCAUUAACUUGGCAGGAACCGGAAUGAAGAUAUCCAGCACAGCCAAGUGGCUUGCUCAGGGGAGUUAUGCCUCUGUCAUCAUACACAGAUCACACGAUGGAACCAAAGUCUACGGCAGGUGUGGAGGUUUCUGUGGAAAGUGUAUUCCUCACAUGACUACUGGUCUCCCAGUUCAAGUAACAUGAACAUUUAGAAGUAGAAAGUAUGCCUCAAAGUGGAGAUACUGUCUGGAAUAUGAAAAUAACCGGUGCUCAUUUCUUUAUUUCUCCCUUCCUAAAAUUCCCCUG